AUGUCGUCGCUACCGCCGCCGCCGCCCUCCAGCUCCGCUCCCUCCUCCGCCCACCAACCUCAACCUGCUCUCCCCAACUCGCAGACCACCCAAGCCCCGCCCCGCAAGCGCCGCAGACGAGCGCCCGCCACGGGUGCCACUGAGGACUGUUUCACCUGCCGGAAGCGCCAGGCAAAAUGCGACCGCCGCCGCCCCUACUGCACCCAGUGCCUCGAGCUGGGCAAAGAGUGCUCCGGCUACCGCACCACGCUGACCUGGGGCGUGGGCGUCGCCAGCAGAGGCAAGCUGCGCGGCAUGAGCCUGCCCGUGCCCAAGUCGCCGCCCUCGCCGCCCGCCCGUGAGCGCGCCCAGAGCAUGUCCCAGGCGAAGCCCGUCCCGCAGAGCGCCGCCCAGCCCGCCGUCUCCAGCCCGCCCCAGGCCCCGUCGUACGAGCAGGUCCGCCGCGCGAGCAACAUCAGCCAGAUCAGCCAGAUCAGCCAGGUCAGCCAGGUCAGCCAGGUCAGCCAGCCCAGCGACGUCAAGUCGCCCUCGCCCAUCCGCAGCCCGCCAGUGCACGAGUACCCGGGCCUGGACGCCACCAGCCCCAUCUCCAUCCCGCCCCCCGCCCCACAGCACAUGGGCUGGCACCUGCCGGGCUUUGGAGAGCACCUGGACGGCUACGGCGGGCCCGCCUCCCGCAAGCCGCGCCCCCAGCUGCCCGUCAAGCCCCUGCACAAGCUCCACACCUCGCUCGCCGGUUCCUACGACGACACCGGCCUCUCCACCUCGACCGGCCCGCUGAGCUCCUACAGCGACAGCGUGCUGGGCGACUACCCCUCGCCGAGCGAGUUCCCCGGCACCCCGGACGACUUCGCCUACGCCGACCCCAUGAUCCAGUCAUACAACGAGCACUACAUGCACCAGCGCACCCCCAUGAGCAGCUCCACCGAGUCGCUCGUCUUCCACGACGCCCCGCGCUCGUAUCCCAUGAUCUGCGAGGACCUGAGCUCGAGCAUCAGCUCCGACCAGAGCCUGCAGGAUUUCUCCGAGUUGAAUCCAAUGCAACCAGCAUCAUACAGCCAGUCAGGCUUCUCAGAUAUGUUCUUCCCCGGCGGACUUGCAGCAGCAGCGGGACCUAACAAUGCGCACAUUCCAGGCUACUACUACAGCCGUGGCAGCAAGCACCCCCCGCCGGACCCUACGCCGGCGAACCAUGGCUCUUCUUCUGAGCCCGCUCUCCCCCCGCCGCCGCCGCUCGCCCGCCGUCUCUCUCCCCGAAUGCAGUUCCUCCUGGACUACUACGACCGGGCAAUCUGCCCCGUCCUCGUGGCCUUCGACGGGCCCUCCAACCCCUACCGCAUGCACGUCGUCCCCUUGGCUCGCGAGAGCGAGGGCCUGCAGAACGCCAUCGCCGCAUUAUCCAUCAACAACAUCCGCAUGCGCCAGAGCACCGAAGCAAGAUUUCUAGCCCUCAGCAACGGCCAGAGCAUCAACAGCACCGCCGCCCUCCCCGAGUGGGUCUAUUCGCGUCUCACGGCCGACGAGAUCAGAGAGAUGCAUGGAGAGCCGUCUGCCGAAGAAGUCCACUACAAAACCACAUCCAUCCAGCUCCUCAACGCCCAGCUUGCGGAUCCACUACGCGCCAAGGACGACUCGGUGCUCGCCACGCUCCUCAUCCUAUGCUUGUUUCACGUUUGCGACAGCGGCUUCUCCAAGUUCCGCACCCAGCUUGCCGGCGUGCAGAAGCUGCUGGACAUGCGGGACCGCAGCGUGCAGUCGGGUUUCAUCGGCUGGAUUGAGAUGUUCUUCACGUGGUUCGACGUCAUGACGUCGACCGUCAACGACCGUGAAACGCAAAUCAAAGGCGACAGGCUGGACAUGAUGGACCUGUCGACCAAUCUCGGUGCCCUUGAGCACUUGGCCGGCUGCGAGGGCCGUCUGUUCAAGCUGAUUGCCCGCCUUGGGCGCCUAAAUCUGCUCAGCCAGAAUCGACCGGUCAGCUCGCCUUCUGACAGCACGCCCAGACCCUCGCCGUCGUACAACCGCCGCGGGGGUGACUACUACAGCAUGCAGUGCUAUGACCGCCUCGAUGGCAACGGCUGGGGCUCGCCUGCGUCGCAGCAGCACCAGAAUCCUCUGGAUAUUGUCGACGCAGACCAGCGGCACGAGUUCUGGACCGAGUGGCGGGAUGUUCGCGACCGACUGCAACAAUGGGAGUUCGAGCCUGCGGGCCGUGGUGCCGCCAUGUGCGACGCAGGCCCGUACGCACUGCCGUCGGAUCAGCGGGACAUCCUCCACAUCAGCGAGAGCUUCCGCUACAGCGCACUGCUGUACACGGAGCGCUUAGCGCAUCCCAACCUGUCGUCCUCGGCCCUCAACUUCCAAAACCUGGUCGCACAGGCGCUAUUCCACAUCAGCCAGAUCGGCGUUACUAGCUGCGUCAACAAGUUCCUGCUGUGGCCACUCUUCAUUACCGGCACCGAAUGCGUCGAUGAAAGCCAUCGCACACUGAUCCGCCAACGUUGCAUUGAGAUCCAGCGCGAGAGCGGUUUCUUCAACAACCUGAGCGGCCUCGAGGUCCUCGAGCGCACCUGGCGCGAGGACGACGCGGGCAGGAAUGACAGUGACGCCGAAGUGGCAGCCGAGGCGGCAAGACUUGGCGUCGCCAAGCAAGCUUUCAGAUGGCGCAAGGCCAUGGACCGAAUGGACGGCGAGUAUAUUCUGAUAUGA